AUGUCGGAAGCAAAGAAGAAGAGACGACAGUACAGUGUGGACUAUAUUAAAUACAUAUUUAUAGAAAAUCCUACAAAUCCGUUAUCGCCAAUGUGCCUUAUUUGCCAAGCAACAUUUUCGAACGAAGCGAUGAAGCCAUCUAGGCUACAAAAUCAUUUAAAUAAAGUUCACUCGAAUAAGAAAGACAAAAAUGUAAUCUAUUUUCAAGACCUGAAAAAGAAGUACACAGUUCAGCCAACUAUCUCGAAACUUUUUUCAGAAGCUUCUAAGCAAGACGAUGACGGACUUCGUGCUUCGUACAAUAUCUCAUUGUUAAUUGCUAAAACCGGCAAACUACAUACUAUAGGGGAGGAUUUAAUUUUACCGGCAUUGGAUGAGUCCACUUUACCAACUAAUGAAGCAUUGUUAUUGUCAUAUGUGAGGUUCAUCAAAGAUGAGAAAAUAUGUCAAGAACUAUUAUUUUCUAGAAAUUUAGAAACAGACGCAAAGGGAGAAACCAUAUUUAAUAAACUGGAAAAGUUUUGUGACGUAAAGGAAAGUCCUUUGAAUAAUAUUACGUCAGCUACUACAGAUGGCGCUCCGGCUAUGACAGGGCGUUACAAAGGCUUCAUAACGUACUUAAAAAAUAAAGUUCCAGGCGUGCUUGCUGUACAUUGCGUCAUUCAUCGCCAGCAUUUGGUUGCGAGAAAUCCGAAGUUCCUGGAAAAUAAAGAUACAGAAUUGCGCGGCAACCUCAUCAUAUUAAAGAAUGAUAUUGCGUACUUGACAGACCUGUAUAUAUUGUUUAAUGAUGUGAAUCUCCAGCUUCAAGGCGACGACUUAAACUUAAUUAAAACAAAAAAUAUCGUUCCUGCUUUCGUAGCCAAACUGCUACUGUACAGAAGGAAUAUCGGCAGACAUAAAUUUAAUAACUUCCCCAAUUUAUCGGCAGUAUCCUUCAGUAACGAUGACUUGCUUAUUUACUGUCAACACUUGAAGAACCUCCACGAUGAUUUUAAGGAACGAUUCCAGGACAUUUUAAAUAUGGACAUACCAGACUGGGUGUUGGAUCCUUUUUCAAAUGUCAACACAGCAGGAUCAUUCCAGUUAGAAGAACAACUUAUAAAACUAACAACAAACGAAGAAUUAAAAAUUAAAUUCAAGAAUGGCUACCAAGAAUUUUGGCUGCAAAAGCGAAUCUCCCAACUGUACCCUGGGUUAUGGUCGGUUGUUCAACGAUUUCUGAUAGCAUUCCCAUCGUCGUAUUUGUGUGAACGUGGAUUUAGUGUUGUAGCAACGUUGCUAACUAAAAAGAGAAAUCGGCUGCAAGUUACUGAACGCGGCGACUUAAGGCUGAUUUCAAGUGAAUUUGAGCCUGAUAUUAACAAACUCGUCAAAACGCAUCAGAUUCAUCCUUCACAUUAG